UUGAAUUAAAGAGAAGGUGUAAUAAAACGCUUUAAGCGCCAUGAAGGAGAACAACAAAAUCCUUCAGUUAAUUAACGUGGCGUGGCGUGAACGAUGGUCGGACUCACAGUGGGGCAUCAACAUAAAAAAGGUGCUGCCUCGUGGUGUGAGUGGAGAUGUCUACAACCUGGCGGAUUGUCUGCAGCAACAGGCGGUCAUUGGUUCCACCGCGAAUCCGCUGGUUUUAAACUAUCUGAAGCAUUCGCUGUGCGCUCAUCUGGUGUCCCAUGCAGCCGUGUUGCGUUGCAUUGCCAAAUAUGAUAAACUGGGACGCGUUUAUUGUGUCACUGCCUUGCUGGAGUUUCUGGUCAGCAUUAUAGAUGGCAUCACCUGUCGCAUCAAGUCGGAGGAGUCGUUGCUGCCUGGUGCCAUGGUGCAGUUGGUCCACUGGGUAAUGCAAAUCUUUGCACGUACCGUGCAGCAAUAUGAGAUGCGUGGAGAAAUGAGCGCGGAGCAAUCUUAUAUGUUGGAUCAAAGCUGCAAGCUCAUUGAGCGCUUGACACAACAACAGUUUCUGCUCUCCAUGCUCUAUGUGGGCUGUCACGAGGAGCUGGAGACGCUGGACAGAAUCCGUGAUCUAUAUGCUAGUAUUAAAGCCUCCUUGACCAACUCGAACUUGACGCUCAGCACGGCAACGGCGGAGCAACAGCUUAAACAGCUGGCCUACAUUGAUGCCAAGCACUUGGAUUUGCAAUCUUUAAAUCCAGCGCCAGCGCUGGAGAAGAUUUCAUGCUGUGUGCAGCCACUGCUGGCGGUUGAGGUGCUGCUAAAUCCCUGCAAGGAUACCUCUUAUUAUGUAGCCGAGUUGCAGAUGCUGCAGCGGCUUAAAGGAUAUACAAAUACCCGUCUUUUCUAUGAGAUUAUACGCGCUGGCUUCUUGACAUUAAGCAAUGUGGCGGACACCAGUCCAGACACCAUGUGGGGUGCCUUUAUGUUCUUCAAAAUGCCACACAUCAUCAAGCAGCUCCAUGCGCUGCAGCGUGUGCCGGGCGAGCAAUCGUUGCCAGCUACGGAUUACAUACCAGAGCUGGUUGAGGCUCUGGAACUGCUUAUUGAGGAUAAUCUGCUGCUGGACUUUAUGGACACCAAAUGCUCGUGCAAUAUCAUUGAGUUUCUGCUGAGCGACUGGACCACACUGCAGCUGGUCAAUGAUGUGCACGUCAAGAAAUUCGCCAGUCAACGGGAGGCAGCUUCGUUGCUGCUGAAGAAGUGCAACAAUGGCCAACAGACGCCCUCCAACAUUAACUUCAUCAAACGCGCCGAGACGCCGCUUUCGGGAGUCCUCAAGACUCUGUGCACCAACAAGGUGCAGGACAUGGUGAAUGUGCUCUGUCAGGUGCCAGUUGGCAACAGCUUCGAGUUGAUACUCUCGGUGGCCACUGUGGAGGGUCGUCUCAAGACUUUCGUCUCACGCUUGAUUCAAUGUAAUGAGAACUCCAAACCGAUGCCUGGCGAACUGGGAAAACUGUCCAUCAUACGCUCCACACUGUUUGAUGUCUCCUUUUUAAUGCUCACUAGCAUAGUGCAAACCUAUGGAUCGGAUGUGGUGCUGUCGGAACGUGGCGACUCCUUCUUCGAGAAGUGGGUGCGUGAGUGCAUGAUGGAGCGGAAUAAGCUCAAGAAUCCCCGCCAGAUACUCGCGCUCUGCGACGACAGCAUUGUGGAUGAGCUGCUGUUGAGUCUGAGCAAACCAGAGACGGCACAACUGAAACCCAGCAAUCUGACCUGGCAGGACAUCUGUUUAAAUCUGCCAGGAGUGCUGCAUCAUGUGCUGAUUGCCUGGGAGCAGGAGACACUCUCCUCGGCGGAUGUCAAGAGUAUUUUGGAUAACAUUAAGCGGCGACUAUUUAGCUUCUCCGUCUGUGCCACAUCGUUUCUAUGUGCCUACAUGUAUUCGGUGCGUGAGACGGAGCUGCUGAAGCCACUGAAUAUGAUACAACAGUUCCUGGCGCCACUCACCAGCGAGGAGCUGUCCAGCCAGGAGAAUGCCAAGGAACGUUUGACACUGUCCUAUCAAAUCAUACGCAAAAUGCAGUACGAUGUGCAUCCUGCGCCCAACACCAAAUCCCGUCUCAUCUCACACACACCGCUCAUCGAACAGUUCCGGGAAUGCUGGCGUUCCGUCUCCGAGGCGGGACACUUGCCAGUGCGUGCGGCACAGACGCUGGAAUCAUUGCUGCUGGCCGGCGGCGCCUCUUGGCUGGUUACACAGCUGGUGGAGCAGUUGAUUGGCUGCAAGUACAUGCGUGACAUGGCCAAGUGCAUGGAUAUAGUAUUUGCUGUAAUGCAUCUGGACAUUGAGCGCACCACGGAGGCAUUGCUGCAGUAUGUGGUGGCUCCUUUGAUACUGCGACGUCAGGACGAGGACAUCAAUGAACCGCAGUCACUGGUGCUGUCACGUCUCUGCGUCUACUGCAUCAUUUCGUGCCUGGAGACGCGCAGUUCCUCAGCGGCUGCCUUUAAGAAACGUUCACGCUCCCAUGACGAGGAGGAGAUGGUGGGCGUGGCCAAUGCCGCCAAGGUGCGCAAAGUAAUUGGCGAUGGCAGCGACAACUCAACGGAUUUCGCCGAUGCCAGCGGCGUUGGCAGCACAAAUGUCACCUCCAUGCUGAGCACGCCCAGCGCUGAGCUGCGUGCCACGCCCCUCAGCCUCAAGGAGCCACUGCAGUCUAGUGUUAAGCACAUUUUUCGCGUCUUCUUGCAAUUCGUCAGCGGCGAUGAGCUGUCCCCCAAGGCCAUCUUUGUCUAUCAGUUCAUCUCUCUGCUGGUCGAAUGUGGCGGAGAGCGAGUGGCGCCCGUUUUGCGUCUUCUCCCUCCUAACCUAAUGCAACAGCUGCUCAAGGUGCUGGCUACGGAUGACAUACGGGUCGGACUCAUCAGUCGCCUCUACGAUCUGCGUUUACACGGCGGACGUCAAGCGGCGGUGGCGGAUUUAUGCCUCUGGCGUAAUAUGCAGCUAUCGCGUCAUAGUAUUCACCUGUGAGAAGCUGAAGGAGUGUUCAGGAAGCGGGUUUAAUUGAUAGCUACUUAAUGGAACUCAUAUUAAAGCAAGAAUAAAUAUUAAAUUCUUGUGCCUAAAA